AAGCUCCAAACACGGCUCUUUUUGCUUCGGUUUAUCCGCCUCCCUCCUCAAAAUUCCCCUUUAAAAAACCCUUGAAAAAGAAAAUAAAGGAAAACUCCUACUACUUCACUUGUUCCACACAUUUCCGGCCUAACCGUUUUUCUUUCCCCGUAACAAUGUCGCGCUCCCUUCAAUUUUUCACUCCCUCCCGUGCUCCUUAUUUCACUCUCCAUAAACUUCCGUCGACAUCCUACACCCGGUUCCCGGUAAUUAACUUCCCGAGCAAAAAGCACUAUAUCACUAUCACGAAAUCGUUAUCUUCAGAUCUCGAUGCAGCGUCAUCUCAAGUACUGGAUUCCGGAAACGGACAGACCGGAGUUUCGGGGGUUUUAUCAGCGGACAACGUGGUGGCGGUUCAGUCUCAUGCGCCGUCGGAAUCGGGAGCGGCGGCCGGGAUCGAGGUUGACGCUGUGACGGAGGCGGAGCUCAAGGAGAAUGGAUUCCGGAGCACGAGAAGGACGAAGUUAAUAUGCACGAUUGGUCCCGCAACGUGCGGGUUCGAGCAGCUGGAAGCGUUGGCUGUUGGAGGUAUGAACGUGGCUCGGAUUAACAUGUGCCAUGGCACUCGCGAGUGGCAUCAAAUGGUGAUCGAGCGGGUGAGGAGGCUUAACGAGGAGAAAGGAUUCGCUGUCGCCAUUAUGAUGGAUACUGAAGGUAGCGAGAUUCACAUGGGAGAUCUCGGUGGCGCUGCCUCCGUCAAAGCUGAGGAUGGAGAAAUCUGGACAUUCAGCGUUAGAGCUUUCGGUACACCGCGACCAGAGCGAACAAUUAAUGUGAAUUAUGAUGGUUUUGCCGAAGAUGUGAAAGUUGGAGAUGAACUUUUGGUUGAUGGUGGAAUGGUGAGGUUUGAGGUGAUUGAGAAGAUUGGUCCUGAUGUUAAGUGUAGGUGCACUGAUCCGGGAUUGUUGCUUCCUCGAGCCAAUUUGACUUUUUGGAGGGAUGGGAGUCUUGUUCGUGAGCGUAAUGCAAUGCUUCCUACCAUUUCUUCCAAGGAUUGGUUAGACAUCGACUUUGGGAUUGCAGAAGGUGUUGAUUUUAUUGCAAUAUCCUUUGUCAAAUCUGCUGAAGUGAUUAAACAUCUCAAAAGCUAUAUUGCUGCUAGGUCACGUGGUAGUGACAUAGCUGUGAUUGCAAAGAUUGAGAGUAUUGACUCAUUAAAGAACUUGGAAGAAAUUAUUCAAGCAUCAGAUGGAGCUAUGGUUGCAAGAGGAGACUUGGGUGCUCAGAUACCAUUGGAACAGGUUCCAUCAGCUCAGCAAAAGAUUGUCCAGCUAUGCAGGCAACUGAAUAAGCCAGUGAUUGUUGCUUCCCAGCUACUUGAAUCAAUGAUUGAAUAUCCUACACCCACCCGAGCUGAAGUUGCCGAUGUUUCUGAAGCUGUACGGCAGCGAGCUGAUGCUUUAAUGCUGUCUGGUGAAUCAGCAAUGGGGCAGUACCCCGAUAAGGCAUUAGCUGUUCUGAGAAGUGUUAGUGUGAGAAUAGAGAAAUGGUGGAGGGAGGAAAAACGCCAUGAGGCUAUGGUAUUGCCGGAUGUAGGAACUUCAUUUGCAGAUAGCAUCUCAGAAGAGAUUUGUAAUUCUGCAGCCAAGAUGGCUAACAAUUUAGAGGUCGAUGCCCUUUUUGUCUACACAAAGACAGGUCACAUGGCAUCUCUCCUGUCACGUUGUCGACCAGAUUGCCCCAUCUUUGCUUUUACGACCACAACUUCUGUCAGGAGACGCCUGAACCUACAAUGGGGUCUCAUUCCCUUCCGUCUCGGCUUCUCCGACGAUAUGGAAAGCAACCUUAACAAAACCUUCUCGUUACUCAAGGCCAGGGGAAUGAUCAAAUCUGGCGACCUCGUAAUUGCCGUCUCAGACAUGUUGCAGUCCAUCCAAGUCAUGAAUGUUCCCUAGAAACAACACAGUAUGAUGCAAAUUAUGUUCGUUUUCGAAUCCUGCUUGUAGACUCACUUGUGUAUUGAACUCGCUGUAUCUUUCGCAAUCUAUUCGGCUUUGAUUAAUGUUAGGAUGAAAAUGACUACCACCGGAAAACAGAGGAGCUUGGCUCAGCCAAUCUUGCGGUCACAGUUUCACUCAACAAAGGUAAAUCAGUUGAAUCAUUUUGUGACCCCCUAAAUUAUUUGAAAUUUCAACUUCUAAUUUGAGAGACAUAAACAACCUUUUUUUUUUUUUACUAUGUAGUGUGCUGUAUGAGGUUCCUAGAAAUGAAGAAUAAUAUGUGUGGGGUGCUUUUUUUU